AUGUCUGCUCCGGGGCCUAUCGAGCUACCGCCGCCAUCGGGAGAGCCCGAGCUCUCGCCUGAAGAGUCCGACGCGUUGCUCUCUCCGCCGGAAAUUGAGCCAGAGCCAGAGCCAGGGCUUCAUGGAAAUCCAGUACAAUGGUUUGAUGCCAACCGAGCCGAGUCUUACACUCGGAUAGAACCGUUUCAAGAGACUCAGGAUACGUCUGUAGAGUUCGUCUUCAAGCCCGUGACGCUCUCAGUACUUGCUGCUGCACUGGUAUUGCUCGCAUAUGUUGCGACAACAGACGAUGUACUGCCCGAGGGGAGCGACAAGCGCCGUGUGGGAGCAUACGCUGCGAUAUCCAGUUUCUUGUUGUUCUCGAUGAUACAGUUCCGCGACGGACCUUUCAUCCGCCCGCAUCCGGCGUUCUGGCGUGUCGUGCUCGGAGUCAACCUUCUCUACGAGCUGGCGCUUGUCUUUCUACUCUUCCAAGAUCUCAGCUCGGCUCGCGCUAUGAUGACCUACUUGGAUCCGAACUUGGGAAAACCGCUGCCCGAAAAGAGCUACGCGGAGAACUGCGAGUUCACCUUCGCGAACGUUUGGGACGCAAUUGAUAUCUUCUGUCUCGCGCACGCGCUAGGCUGGUUUGGGAAAGCUCUGAUCCUACGAGACUACUGGUUCUGCUGGAUCUUGAGUAUCGCGUUCGAAUUCGCCGAGUACAGUCUUGAGCAUCAACUAGCUAACUUCGGAGAGUGCUGGUGGGAUCAUUGGAUUAUGGAUGUACUUGUGUGCAAUUGGCUCGGGACGUACCUUGGUAUGAAGACCUGCCAGUACUUCGAAGUCAAGCCUUUCACAUGGCGCGGAAGACCUCGCGGCUUCCGGGCACGUACAAAACGCAUGUUCAAGCAGUUCUCGCCGCACGAUUUCACGUCCUUCCAGUGGCAUGGCUCGGCCGACUUUCUACACUAUGUCACGGUGGUGCUGUUGUUAGCGGUAUUCCUCGCUGCAGAAUUGAACCCGUUCUAUCUCAAGACGCUGCUCUGGAUGGAGCCGGACCAUCCGUUUGUCAUCUCGAGAUUGGCCGGUGUCUUCCUCUGUGCCCUUCCAGCCGUUCGCGAACUGUAUCAGUAUAUCAGCAACCCACGAAAAGCGGUUAGGAUGGGUCAACACUGCUGGCUUCUACUCGCGACGAUCUUGACAGAAGACCUCGCGAUCUUCAAAUGGAGUAAGAGUCAGUUUCCCGAGCCGAUGCCCCAGCGGGUUAUCUACGCUUGGGCCGUCGGCGGCACGCUUCUUGUGUUAUACCCUAUACUCAACUUCGGUGUACCGGCCGCGCGCCGGUUCUUGCGGAGAAACAUACGCAAGAACAAGAACAAGACACAAUAA